AUGGAUGCUGUUGAUUUCCCAUCUCUCUUCCUGACCAUUUUGUUCAUUCUUUUGGUUAUCAAAUUAGGAGUAGUGAAAUUCAGAAGCUCAUCAGCAAGUAGUAGUCUUCCUCCGGGGCCAUGGAAACUACCACUCAUCGGAAACUUGCAUCACCUCAUCGGCCCCCGGCCGCCACACCAAGCCCUGGCCGAGUUGGCCAAGAAAUACGGCCCAAUCAUGCAUUUUCGAAUGGGUGAAGUUCCCGCCAUCCUUGUUUCCUCACCGGAGACCGCGAAAGAAAUAUUGCAAACUCAUGACAUCAACUUUGCCUCCAGGCCACUUAACAGUGUGUCCGAGGUAAUGACUCGGAAAGCACCAAACAUUAUUUUCUCUCCCUACGGAGAGAAGUGGAGGCAACUCCGCAAAAUCUGCGUGCUCGAGCUCUUAAGCAUCGGUCGGGUGAGGUCAUUUCGGUCCAUCAGGGAGGAAGAAACCUCGAAUCUGGUGAGGCGGAUGGCAGAAGGUUCUUGUUCUUCCUCUUCGCCGGUAAACCUGACCGCGGAGGUUGAUUUGUCCAUUUAUAGCAUCACCGCGAGGGCGGCUUUCGGGAAGAAAAGUCUGGAACAAGAGGCGUUCAUAUCUGAGAUCAAGGAAAUUGCGGUGCUGGCUGCCGGGUUUAACGCGCUGACAUGUUCCCGUCGUUUAAGUUCGUGUAUGUGA